AUGAUCCUGACAUCUCUUCUCUCUCCCUACCUCCUUCUCCUUCUACCCGUAAUUUACUACCUCCUACCAUACAUCCGGAAUAAUGCCAUACGAGACAUCCCGGGCCCUAAGCUCGCAAUCUUCAGCAACAUAUGGCUACUCUACCAAUGCAGGCGGGGAAGGCGGUAUCUAGCCGUGGAUGAAGCCCACAAAAGGCUUGGACCGCUGGUGCGCAUACAGCCUGAUCAUGUCUCUGUUGCCGAUCCAGAGGCCAUUCCGGUCAUCUAUAGCCACACCGGAGGAUGGCUGAAGAGCGACUAUUAUGACGCCUUCAUCUCCAUUCAAAGAGGCCUCUUCAACACCCGCGAUCGCGCCGAACAUUCCCGCAAACGCAAGACUGUCUCGCACAUUUUCAGCACGAAGAGCAUCGGCCAGUUCGAGCAGUACAUGGCAUACAACCUGCAACAGCUGGUCAAGCAAUGGGAUCGCAUCUCCGACACUGCGACAAGGUCGGGGCAGAACUAUGCCGAUAUGGAUUGCCUACAAUGGUUCAACUACAUAGCGUUCGAUAUCAUUGGGGAUCUGGCAUUCGGCGUGCCUUUUGGCAUGCUCUCCAAAGGCAAAGAUAUCGCCGAAGUGCAGAAGAGCCCCAACGGUCCCGUCACCUACGCCCCCGCCAUCGAAGUCCUGAACCGUCGCGGUGAGGUAUCGGGCACCAUCGGCUGUCUACCCUCCAUCAAACCCUAUGCCAAGUACCUCCCCGAUCCUUUCUUCCGCGACGGCGUUCGCGCCGUCGAGAACCUCGCUGGUAUCGCCACCGCGCGAGUGAAUGCCAGGCUCGAUGCGCCGGAUGAAGAAAAAAGCCAGAGGAAGGACUUAUUGGCGAGACUGAUGGAGGGGAAAGAUGAGAACGGGGAGAAGCUUGGGAGGGAAGAGUUGACGGCAGAGGCAUUGACACAAUUAAUUGCAGGGAGUGAUACAACAUCUAAUACCAGCUGUGCGCUGCUGUAUUGGUGUUUAAAGACGGAGGGGGUGAUGGAGAAGUUACAGAGGGAGUUGGAUGAGGCGAUUCCGGAGGGAUUUGCUGUGCCGGAGUACGAUAUGGUGAAGGAUUUGCCCUAUCUCCACAACGUGAUAUCCGAAACCCUCCGCAUCCAUUCCACCUCCUCCCUCGGCCUCCCCCGCGUCGUCCCACCGGGCUCCGGCGUCUCAAUUUGCAACCACCAUUUCCCCCAGGGCACCGUCCUCUCCGUCCCCGCCUACACGAUCCACCACCUCCCCUCCGUCUGGAACCCCUCCAACAACCCCGCCUUCGAUCCCGACAUCUUCAACCCCGACCGCUGGGACCCAGACAACUUGACCGAGAAGCAGAAAGGAGCAUUCAUCCCUUUCAGCUACGGGCCAAGAGCGUGCGUGGGUCGGAAUGUGGCGGAGAUGGAGUUGGCCUUGAUCGUGGCGACCGUGGCGCGGAGAUUCGAAUUCGAGUUGAGGGAGCAGGGGGAGUUGAUGACCAGGGAAGGCUUUUUGAGGAAACCGAUUGGCUGUCGUGUGGGUAUGAGAAGGAGGGCCACAUAA